CUCCUCCAGGUAGGGUGGAGUUGUUUCUACCUGGACUCUGACAACACACGACAGUGAAUGAAGGAUUCAAUAAUGGCGUUAUAGUCGGACUUUGGAGCGCUUUCAUCGACAGAUAUUCACAGUAUGAGCCAGCCGCCCCGUUCAAACCGGGGACACCGGGAGAGGAACGGAGACCAGCGACACUACCGAGAGUCUCGCGAGGACAGACGUUCAUCCCCGGACAGGUCUUCCUCGCGACCCCCAUACUACCCCAGAGAAGCCGACUCCCCGCCCAAACAUGUGCGGGAGGUCCAUCGAGUGGAGCACCAUGAGUCCAAAUGCACACACGUGUGCUCCAGGAGAGGCAUCGUGCUGAUCUGCUCUGUACUGACCAACGGCCUGGUCCUGAUCUGCGUGGUCGCAGCUCAGAUGGUGACAUCAGGCAUGUCCUCCAUGGGCGGGCUGGGAGGCUUCGACAUCAACUCCAACUUUAACCUGCAGGGCACCGAGCUGCAGAAGGUGCGAGAUCUGGACAUGCAGUACAGCCAGAUGAGGGCGCCGGGCAUCUACGGUGGUAUCGCCUUCAGCCUGACCCUCGGGGUCAUCUCGCUGCUGUUUGUGGUCGCCGGGAACAAACCGCCCUACCUGAUGUCCCGAAAACUUCUGAUAGGAGCGCUGGUGUUUCAGGCGGUGGGUGCAGUGGCGUAUGUGGUGGCUGUGGGACUCUACCUGCACUUUGUCAUCAAGGUUAACUCCACAGAUGUUUGUCAGCAGCGCGAGAGGCUGUACGCACGAAACGGCUACACCUGGAUGAGCUGCGAAGUGAGCGGAGGGGACGCAGCCGUGGCUCUGUUUGGGCUCAUCACGGCUAUCCUGUAUGCCAUCGGCACAGUGUUCACAGUCCAGACGAUCCGAGGAGUGAGGCGCUACCUGCAGGAGCGCAAGCGCAGAGAGGCGGAAAAGCAGCAGGCCCGAGCCCGCCCACAGAGAGCCCCACUGAGGGCGGAAACCACCUCCGUGUGACAGAAUGAACAUCUGGGGUCUGUAUCACAAAUAAGAGCAGCGGGCUAACCAGCUGUCUUUGGGCUUGACUGAAGUUUCAGGUAUCAUGGAGCUGGCUCACGUGUAACCGGAACAGAUCACCAUGGAAACCUGUACUGCAUGGAUCUGAACCUGAUCCAGCCCACCAACUGACCAAUCACAUCACUGAAAAAAUGGAGUCAUCAUUCCACAGGAAGGAUCAACACAGGGAUAAAAGUUCGGAGUUUACAAUAAUGUGACAAGUAAUAAAUAGAAAUAGAGACAGUUUUGUACUUUAGUGCUCUCGUGUUAAGUUUUACGUCACCUCUCAGUACUUUCUGCUUUUACUCUGAUCCAUAGAGGCAGCCUCAGUUGUGACAGUAGCACAGCAUGGAUGUAUUAUAAUAUUAGUUACAGUUGCUGGCACCCUUUGCUGUGGGGCAACUAUUCUGUAUCACUGCAGCUAAUGUUAAGUGGUGGAGGCCAAGUAAUCAUGUUCUCUGCACUGUGACCUGACCUGCUGCCGUGGCUGCGAGGAGAACUAUAUUCAUUGGACAGUUGUAGGCUAGCUUUGGCUGUUGCUGUGGGGCUAACAUUGAACUCCUGUGGUGUAUACAUUGGCAGCACAUCUGUCAUAUCUGAUAGAAGCUCGGGGGUGUCUGGCUUCAUGAUGCUUUUUUAGCUAAUGUUAAUACAUCAGGGGCUGUAAAGACCGUUCUCUAUGGAUCAGAGGGAAUGCAAAAGUAGCUCGGAGAAAGAAAAAAAAUCCCAACUUGUCCUUUCGGGGGCUCUGACUGUAUCAUAAUUAUGUCAAAGAUAGAAGAAACAUUUUUUUCACAACCUUGUGUCCAGGCUGGGUUGAAAACAGACUUUAAAAAAAAGCUGCCUACUGUUUUGUUUCUUUCUUUCCUGACAGUGUUAAUGCUUUUGCACUUUCACUCCAUCACUGCAGCUCAGGAUGACGUAAGGUUGAGUAUUUAAGCUUUUUAGAAUCAAUGCGAGAACUUGAGAUAAGAUGUGUACCCACUGUCAUCGUUUAUCAUCCAAAGUUAGCUCAGCAAAUUAUAAAUGCAACCUUUGGAACUACAUCUCUGGCAGUAAUAACAGCAUUACUGUACUUUUGUUUUAUGUGUGUCACAUCGUUCAUUGCAUGUAUUUCAGCUGGUUAAACAUCAGUUUUUACUGCUGCAUCCUGUCACACUAAAUGCUCCACUCAUCCUUCUGACUGUGCUGCAGCCAUUAGCUUUUCAUUUUCUGUGAACACACUUGUGACUAGAUUAGUAAAGUGAACCAGUUAAUAACCAGCUUCUACGGCUUUAGUUAACCAGGAUCAUCAAUGUUAGGUUCAGUGAAGCCACGUACCUGAAAGAGAGCCCAGCAUAAGUUUCACUUGCCUCGUGAUACAGGUCCAGUCUGGGGGGACCGGGGCUGUGAGUUCAUUUUCACAUCUAAUCAAGACUGUGUGAACUCUGACAGAGAUUUAUAUAAAUGUUUUUAACACGUAUACUAGUUUAAUUAAUGUGUGUUUAUGACAAAGUUUGAUUUUAUAAUGCAAUGUUUUUGAUAUUGAAACUACAAGAAUGUAUCUACUCAAAUUAAACUUCCAUCAAUGUGA